AAGGCUGGCUGGCACGGCACCGCUUCGCACGACCAACCUACUUGCGUGUGCGGUAAGCGCUUCGGAAGCCGACCUCCCUCUCUCGGCGCGCGGUUCUGCGGGCGGCCCCUGCCGCGGCCCCCUCCCCGCCCGCGAAGCCGGCGGCCUCUUUGGAUAGAUGAUAUACGGCUUCUGCAAAUCAAAUAUAAUCCAGUUGCCUUGUUUCAGCAGCUACAAUGAAUCAGAGUGACCAUUAUGGUAGUACAGAAGUCGCCUGUAUUGUUCUCUACUCUUUCCUGGAAAAUUCCUCCGAUGUUGCUUUUGCUUCCAAACUUUCUAGCUUGAAAAAACAAUUGUUGGCACCAAAGCAGUCUUAUACUGCAUAUGAUGAUGGGGAGCUUCAGACAGAUGGCAAUAGUUUUGGGCGAGUAGAAGAAAGAGCAUUGGUGGCCGAUGAGGAAAUUUUCCGGAAAAUAGGAGCACGGUUGGCUGUAAUGGGCGAUAAACUGGCUGCUGAGAUUGAGCCCUCAUUUGUGCACAACCUGGCACAACAAUUCAUGGUGGAAAAUGUGCCCAGUCAGCGUAUCCAGCAUCUGUCUCUAGCAGUGCAGAACGUCAUGGCAAGGAUGCCUCGAGAAUUGGAACUGGAAAAAGCCACGUUACUGGCUGCAAUGGUUUUGGCCAAGAAAGUAGCCAAUGUAGUCCCUGAGAUCUUGCAGCAGGUGUUCAACACAACAGUGAACUACAUUGACCAGAACCUCCACGAUUAUGUGAACAAUUUGGGACCUGAGAACUGAACAAAAGGGAUGCAUAUAUCUACAUGCAAGAAUACAUUUUGUUUUUGUUUUUUUAAUUUUUACAAUUUAAGAAAAAUUGUGUCAUCUUGAUAUUUUUAAGACGUUUUUGAGCUUUUUAUCAAUGUACUUCAUUACUCUAUUUAGUUGACUGAAGUAUGAAUUGGUAGUUCUCAUUUUCUACUUGACAUCUUAAGUCAUUUUUUAUGCCCCUUGCAGGAGAAAAGCAAAGUGGAUUAUUAUUCUCAGGAUUGUGGUGUUGAUGGCAUCUGUCCUUGAAGAGGAACAGAAGCUAAUGACCACCUUACAAUAUCAUUAGACAGUGUGUCCUUCCAUUUGCUAUCUGAGAAUAUACUUGAUUUAUAAUUGUGAUUUUUUUUUAAGAAAAGGCCAUGCAUGUUAAUCUACUUCAUUUAUUUGCCAAUUAAAAAUUGCCAUAAUAUAAAGUCAAUUAAAUAAGAGUAUUGUUUUUCAUAUUUAAUAUGAAAAAUGCAUGAGCCUUGUUCUCAACUGAGACUGAUUCUCUCCACUACAGAUUUUAUAGACGUAUUAGAAAAGGGAAUUGCCUAUUUGCAAAUGACCUUGUUGGAUACCAGUACAGUAAAGAUCAAUUAUAAUAUUUAUGAUUGGGUUUGGCCAUUGCUGGAAUACAGAUUUUAAUGGGGAGGGGGGAAGUGAUAGCCAUUGUACAAUUUUUAAAGAUUUGAUGAAGGUCUCUGUUUUAAAGUUGGGAACUAAGUCAGAAGUCAAAUUGUUUACAAAAACAUUACAUUUUAUAAAUUGACUUGAAAGGUUUAUAUGCUUGUCUAUCUUUGAUACUGUAAUUUAGACUGUUAAGAUAUUUGAAAAGUAAUCUGAAAAAUUCUAGCUUGUAGGUAUUGGCAAGAGGGAUGGAAUCUCAGUUUAUUGGUUGAGAUAUUGGAUCAUUUGAAUGGACUCAACUGUAAAUAUUUAAAUAGAUAUGGCUGUCUCUUUGGGUGCUUUUGAUUUUUCAGCUGUGCAGGCUUUCUGGCCUGAGUAUGGAUUACAUCUGAGAAAAACCAACUUGUGGAAGGCUACUACAUUAUAUAGCUAUUCUUUUUCUACAGCUAAUAAAAUUUUAAAGUAGUAUAUGUUUUGCUCCAGCUAUUAAAAGUCCACACACUUUUUCUUCAAAAUUUAACUUUAAUAAAAUACAAAUAAGGGCGUGGUU